AUGCUUGCAUUCUGCCAUAUAUUCUACGGCAUGUGCUACAUCGAGGCGUCAGAGCGCUUCUCCGAUGGCCGCCUGCAGAUCGACUACUUGGCCGCCUCCCCUCCCUCCCGUUUUCCCCCUCCCCACCCCCCUUCCCCCACUUUCCCUUGCUUCCCGUCCAUGUCCCCCGUCCUUCACUGCUCCCCAUCUCCCCCAGCGCGCUAUCUGGGGCUGCCCUCGCCGCCCCCCGUGCUACAGCCAGGGCGCAAUGCCUCUCGCGGGCUCAACUUCGCCAGUGCGGAGAGCCACACUCUCGACCACCGCCUGCUCGACGCGAUUCACGGCAGCGAGGGUGGCUAUAACGUGGACGGUGCGGAUUCGUUCUACUCGCGCAUGGCGGAGCAGGACGCGCAAGCUCCGCGGAUGGGGGAGUGCGGCGGGCGGUGCGGAACGGGGGACGGCUCGAGCCUCAUUGAGUCCCUCAGCGCCUGCACCUCCGCGGACGAGUGCCAGCUGUUCGCUGACCGGCGGGUUAAGGGGCGUGAGAAGAUUGAGGGGCAGAUAAAACGUAACGCGAAAGGGGCAUUGAGAUGGGAUGUGGGCAAACUGAGGGCGUGA